AUGGCGACAGGCUCUACUCAAUCAUCAAAGGACGUGGAGAAGAUUGCAUUAGAGGAUCAGGAUAAUAUUCCAUAUAUCUCAGCUAUUGGUGAAGGAGAGGACAUCCUCGCUCUUCAAAAUGUUGAUAAAGCUCUGAAUGCGAAGAUGCACAUCGUCAACAAUGCCAUUGAUGAAAUUGGCUGGACAAAUUACCAUUGGAAGUUGUUCGUGCUUAAUGGAUUCGGAUAUGCGGUCGAUUCUUUGCUCUUACUUUUGCAAUCCAUUAUUGCUAGACAGGCCGCCUAUGAAUUCAAUCCCGCCUACUCCCGCGCACUUACAAUUGCUGUGUACGUUGGCAUGCUCAUAGGAGCUUUAUUUUGGGGCCUGACUGCGGAUAUAAUUGGUCGGCGGUUUGCUUUCAACACAUCGCUAUUCAUCUGUGCAGUGGCUUGUAUCGUAUCAGGAGCAUCGCCUUCGUGGAACUCUCUGGCAGUCUUCAUUGCGCUGGUAGGAUUCGGUGGCGGUGGAAAUCUUAUUCUUGAUACCACUAUUUUCCUGGAAUAUCUUCCCAGCAACAAGCAAUGGGUAUUGACAUGGCUCGCUGCAUGGUGGGGUUUAGGUCAAGCUGUGGCUGGUUUCCUAGCUUGGGGUUUUAUGUCUCCAGCAAGAUGGAACUGCUUGGCGAGUGCAACCUGUACCUACGACAAUAAUAAGGGAUGGAGAUACCUUAUGUACACGUCCGGAGCCUUGGUUUUGGCGAUGGGCAUUGCCCGAAUCACUGUCCUUCGACUCAAAGAAACGCCUAAGUAUCUUCUCGGGGAAGGGAAAGAUGCUCAAAUCGUUGAUGGAUUUCAACAGAUAGCUUUGAAGUACAAUCGCCCAUGCUCAAUAACUAUUGAAAUGCUUGAGAGUUGUGGCACCGUUCGAUCUGCACAUGGAAGCAGUAAAAUAUCGGUUUCCGAACUAACCAUUCAUUUCAAAGGGCUAUUCGCUACUAAAAAGAUUGCAUUGUCAACGAUUUUCAUUUGGUUAUCGUGGACACUCAUAGGUCUGGCAUAUCCUCUUUUCUACGUAUUUUUGUCUACCUAUCUCGCAACUCGUGGUGCAGAAUUUGGCAAUAUCUCGACGUACGAGACAUGGAGGAACUAUGCUUUAGUAAACAUCAGCGGGAUUCCAGGCCCGAUGCUUGCGGGAUAUAUGGCCAACAGUAAAUUCCUGGGUCGCAAAUAUACGAUGGUUAUUGGUGCUCUGAUCACUAUGGCGUUCUUCUUUGCUUACACACAGGUUCGAUCCGAGCCUCAGAACAUAGGGUUCUCCUGUGCGAUCGCUUUCUCCUUGAACAUCUACUACGGGACUCUUUACGCGUAUACGUCUGAGGUUCUUCCUUCUGCCCAUCGAGCAACUGGCAAUGGGAUAUCUGUGGCUUGCAACAGAGUGAUGGGUAUUUUGAGUGCAGUCAUUGCAACGGUUUCAAACACCAGUACACCAGUGCCAAUCUAUCCAAGCUUCAAUGUCCCUGCCGCCUCCAACAUUUACAACCUCAAAAUCAACCCUACAAACCCACCUCAACUUGCUUGUGAAGCUUCAUCGAGUCGCCAGAAGAGAAUUCAAGGGGUUAUUCCCAAGCUUUUCAUUAUGGCACCAACACAGGAUACCAUGUUCCGCUCAGCGGACAUGAGUAUGGUCCAGCUUUACAUUGCCAACGAAAUUGGACGCGAAAUUGUGAAUGCAUUGGGAGAGCUUGGACAGAUUCAAUUUCGAGAUCUCAAUUCCGAUGUCACUGCCUUUCAGCGGACUUUCACUCAAGAAAUAAGACGACUCGACAAUGUCGAGAGACAGCUUCGUUACUUUCAUACGCAGAUGGAUAAAGCAGAAAUCCCUCUGAGAAAGUUAGAUCUCGAUGUCGAAACUCUCGCGGCUCCUUCCGCCACCGAAAUUGACGAGCUUUCCGAUCGCAGCCAGAGCCUCGAGCAACGAAUUGCAUCCUUAAAUGACAGCUAUGAAACUUUGAAGAAGAGGGAGGUAGAGCUUACAGAAUGGAGAUGGGUACUAAGAGAGGCUGGAUCUUUCUUCGAUCGAGCUCACGGAAAUGUGGAUGAGAUUAGAGCUUCCACCGAUAACGACGAUGCUCCUUUGCUCCAAGACGUCGAACAAUCACACCAUAAUGGGGAUGCGGAGCGGUCAUUCUCUGGUAUGAAUAUUGGAUUCGUGUCGGGAGUUAUUCCUCGAGAUCGUAUUGCAGCAUUCGAGCGUAUCUUGUGGAGAACCCUCCGAGGUAACCUUUACAUGAACCAGUCGGAGAUUGCAGAGCCUAUUAUUGAUCCCACAAAUAACGAGGCGAUCAAUAAAAACGUUUUUGUGAUUUUUGCGCAUGGAAAGGAGCUUAUUGCCAAGAUCAGGAAGAUAUCUGAAUCUCUCGGUGCGGAUCUUUACAGCGUGGACGAGAACAGCGAUCUUCGUAGGGACCAAAUUCAUGAAGUUAACACUCGUUUGAGCGAUCUUGGUAGCGUCCUCCGCAACACAAAGCAAACACUCGACGCCGAGCUCACUCAGAUUGCACGGAGCUUGGCUGCGUGGAUGGUUAUCAUCAAGAAAGAGAAGGCCGUUUAUCAAACACUGAACUUGUUUUCUUACGAUCAUGCGAGGAAGACUUUGAUUGCUGAGGCUUGGUGCCCCUCGAACUCUCUACCUUUGAUAAAGUCGACUCUUCACGAUGUCAACAACAGAGCAGGCCUUUCCGUCCCGUCGAUUAUCAACGAGAUCAGAACGAACAAAACUCCUCCGACCUACCAGAAGACGAACAGAUUUACAGAAGGUUUCCAAACGAUUAUUAAUGCUUAUGGUACAGCGAAGUACCAAGAAGUUAAUCCUGGUCUGCCAACCAUCGUUACUUUCCCAUUCCUUUUCGCUGUCAUGUUUGGUGAUUUUGGACAUGGUGUUAUCAUGGUUUGUGCAGCUGCGGCUAUGAUAUAUUGGGAGAAGUCAUUGAAGAAAGUUCGCGAUGAACUUUUCUCCAUGGCUUUCUACGGUCGAUACAUCAUGCUGAUGAUGGGUAUCUUCUCUAUGUACACUGGUCUUAUCUAUAACGAUGUGUUCUCCAAGUCAUUUUCAUUCUUUCCGAGUGCUUGGGCUUGGUCAGAGAACUACCCCGACUCUAUUGUGGCUCAUCUCAAGGAGCCAACAGGAUAUCGUUACCCUUUUGGUCUCGACUGGAUGUGGCAUGACACCGAGAACGACCUUUUAUUUACCAACAGUUACAAGAUGAAGUUGAGUAUAUUAAUGGGUUGGUGCCACAUGACCUACUCCUUGUGCCUCUCUUACAUCAAUGCGCGUCACUUCAAGACUCCUAUUGAUAUCUGGGGCGUAUUCGUCCCAGGCAUGAUUUUCUUCCAGACCAUCUUUGGGUACCUUGUCUUUACCAUUGUCUACAAAUGGACGGUAGAUUGGCAGGCUAUUGGAGAAUCGCCUCCUGGUCUAUUGAACAUGUUGAUCUAUAUGUUCUUGUCGCCUGGAACUAUCGAAGAGCCACUCUACUCCGGCCAAGGCUUUGUUCAGGUCUGCCUCGUUCUCAUUGCUGUCAUCCAAGUACCAAUAUUGCUUCUACUAAAGCCAUUCUAUCUUCGAUGGGAGCACAAUAAAGCGCGAGGGAGAGGCUACAGAGGUAUUGGCGAAAGAUCUCGAGUCAGCGCACUUGAUGGCGAUGAUGACGAUGAUCAUACUUUAGAUGGUAGAAUAAGUAUGAACAGCGAUGGUGAAGGGGUCGCUAUGAUUACACAAGAUAUUGGAGACGAAGAACACGAAGAAUUUGAGUUCUCGGAAGUAAUGAUUCAUCAGGUCAUUCACACUAUCGAAUUUUGUUUGAAUUGUGUAUCACACACCGCCUCAUACCUUCGUCUAUGGGCCUUGUCCCUUGCGCAUCAACAACUUUCUAGUGUAUUAUGGGAUAUGACGCUUUCCAUUGGUCUUCAUAUGACUGGUGUUGCAGGUGUCUUCAUGGUCGUGGUUACAUUCUUCGCAUGGUUUUUCCUCACACUUGCUGUAUUGGUUGUCAUGGAAGGUACCAGUGCAAUGUUGCACAGUCUUCGUUUGCAUUGGGUGGAAGCCAUGAGCAAACAUUUUAUGGGAGAUGGAAUACCGUUCGAGCCAUUCUCCUUCAAACAAAUGCUGGAGGAUGAUGCCUCUGCGGCUGAUAUUUCCUAA